AACUAUUAAUCACAAAACCUCACAAGCGCCAUUUUUGGCCAUUUAAUAUUAAACCCUUUCCUGAAAAAAAUGAGAAAGAAAGAAGAAAAGAAAUCUCUUUCCCACGGAGAUGGAGUCAACCCCAAAAAGCCAGCAACCCAUCAUCGUAUCAUCACCAUUUUUUAUAAUAACCAAACACUCCCUCUCUUUGUAGGAAACUGAAACAAGAAAAUCAUGCAGUUUCUGGAAUCUUGAAAGAAGAAAAAAAAAAAAAAACUUAAGGGUGUAAAAGGGCAGUGAAGUAUGUAUGAGUAUUUAGUAGUAGUUAGUAAGUGGAAAAAGGGGAGACGCACGUUGAUUCAUGACGACGCAUGAAAAAGUGUGUUUCCUUGAGGAGUUUAUGUACGGCUCUAUCUUGUUACCAAGAUGUGCAUUUUUAUCCUCUUCUUCCACUUCACCUUUCACUAUGUCUUUUUCUUUGCUUUAAAUAAAUACAUAAUCUUCCAAACAAGGCACUGCUGCAAACCUUGUGACCGACUUCCUUGUUCUUGUUAGAAUUGGUGUUGGUGUUUACUUCUUCCAAUGAUGUUAAAAUUUGAAAGCUUUGUCAUUUAGUCUUUACUUGCUUGGAGGGAGGCAUUGAAGUAUGUCGGUUUUGUAAUGGAAAGUUUAACUUUUUUUUGUUAAGGGUUUCAAUCUGAUCACUCUCUGUUUUUCUUGGACUUUUUUUUUUAUUGCAUUCAACUUAUUGUUAUUGUUGUUUAUCUGAUCUUUGUUGAUGCUUUUGAAUUGUGUUUUUGCAGAUUUGGUAGUCGGGUAUUAAAAAGAUGAAUACCAGAGUCAGAACGUCUCUACAGUCUAGGAAAGUUCCAGGGAAGCAUGUAAAAGAGAAGGCUGAAAUGCAGGGGACCAAGCCAACAGUCGCAACAAAGGUAAUGAAAAAUCGACCAGCCUCAAGCGAAGAGAGAAAAAUGGCCCUACUGCAAGAUGUUGAUAAACUGAAGAAGAAGCUUAGACGGGAAGAGAACAUUCAUAGAGCUCUGGAGAGAGCUUUUAACAGACCUUUGGGAGCUUUACCUCGUCUUCCUCCAUAUCUCCCUCCUUCUACAUUGGAGCUUUUAGCAGAAGUGGCAGUAUUGGAAGAGGAGGUUGUACGGCUCGAAGAGCAGGUCGUGCACUUUAGACAGGACUUGUAUCAAGAAGCUGUCUAUAUAUCAUCGUCAAAAAGGAACAUGGAGAAUUCAGCUGGUUUGAGUGAGCCUUGCCCAGAUAAUAGUACUAAACCUCAGCAACCUAAAAUGUUAACUCGAAAUACAUCCAUGGCAAGGCAUUUUCUAUCCUUUUCAGAUGAUAGGAGAGGAAAAGAGAACCAGUCUUGUACUAAUUCCACAAAGAGCAAUAAUGGAUCCAUGAUAUAUAAAAGCCAAUCAGUAAGAACACCUGUGAAGAGACCUCUGAUUGAUUCAAAGCCAGCAGAGAAACGUUUAGAUCCUCAAAAGUUGCAGCUAGAAAGCAGAGUGAGAGAAGAAGAUAAUGCAGAAGAAAGAAGUACUAGCUUUCCAGAUGAGAGACCGUUGGGAGAUGAUGCCCCAAAUCAAGUUUCUGAGGAACUUGUAAAAUGCUUGUCCAGCAUUUUCUUAAGAAUGAGCUCAACAAAGAGAAAGUCUACUGCAGAAAAUUUUCCUUCAUUAUCAAUGUUAGGGUCCCAAGAAAGCAGUGAAGUAACAGAAUUCCGGGAUCCUUAUGGUAUUAGUUCAAAUUAUGGAAGGAGGGAUAUUGGCCAAUAUAAGCAUUUGUUUUCAAUUGAUGCUUCCUCAAUCAAUCCAAAUCGAACAUCAAAUUCUUUAUUUCUGCUGCGCAGGUUGAAACUCCUCCUUGCGACACUUGCCUCUUCCAACUUUCAGAACCUUAACAAUCACGAAAAGCUCGCAUUCUGGAUAAAUAUCUACAACUCAUGUAUGAUGAAUGCAUUCUUAGAACAUGGAGUGCCAAAGAGUCCGGAGAUGGUUGUGGAAUUGAUGAGAAAGGCAACCAUAAAUGUUGGGGGACGCUUGCUAAAUGGAAUAACUAUUGAACACUUCAUUCUCAGAUUGCCUUACCACUCAAAAUUUACCAUUUCCAAGGGUGCCAAGAAUGAUGAAAUGACUGCCAGGAGCAUUUUUGGAUUGGAACUAUCUGAACCAUUGGUAACAUUUGCCCUCUCAUGUGGAAGCUGGUCCUCUCCUGCUGUGCGAGUAUAUACUGCUUCUCAAGUUGAGAACGAAUUGGAGGUGGCAAAGAAAGAGUACUUACAGGCUGCAGUUGGAAUUUCGUCAACCAAGUUUGCAAUCCCUAAGCUGUUGGACUGGUACUUGCUUGACUUUGCGAAGGACUUCGAUUUGUUGCUUGAUUGGAUUUGCCUUCAAUUACCUAGUGAACUAGGAAAAGAAGCAAUUAAGUAUCUUGAAAGAGCCAAAAGCGAGUCUCUUCUACAGUUUGUUCAAAUUAUGCCGUAUGAAUUCAGCUUUAGGUACCUUUUAUGCACAUAAUAAAUUAGGUUGGCUUCACCUAAAAUUUUGUUUACAUGGUUCUAAGGGCGUUGGAGUACUGCUUUUCUACACAAUCUCAGAUUUGAUACUACAAAACUUAGUAGUGAGAGGAAUGUUUAUCAGGGAUUUCUGCAUGUAAUUAAUAAGAACGUUUUGGGAGAAGCUAUACAAAAAAGUGAUUCUUUUUCCAAUUUGUGCCUACACAAUCUAUAUUAUUGAUGCCUCAAACUAUA